GGGCACCCACAGCUCCACAAGGCCUGGGCGCCCCUGGGCUUGGCCGUGGCCACAUCUGAGGGAGAGGCUUCCGGGCUCUUGCUGCCCUGUCGGGUCUUGAACUUUCCCUGGUUCCAGGGUGGCCCUAGGAGUUGGGGCUCAGGCGGACCCGACCUCUGAUUUCGUGGGCCAGCAGGGGACCAGAUGACAGGGGCAAGCGGAAGGCCAGCGCCGUGAGGAGCCUGACUGGUGACUUCUGCUCUUCUGCCUCGGUUUCCCCCGUGGAAAGGGGGCGAGUCAAGGCCACUCGUUGCGCUUGCCUUUGGGGCCGCCCCGCCGGCGGCCGUCGUGCCUGGCGCAGGCUUGGCCUCAGGAGCCACAGCUGGGGCACUGUCUUUCCUGGUGUCGACGUUACUGGUGCCCUUAAGGUUGAACAAUUUAUUAGGGACAGUUAACUUUCCGCUUCGUGGCCAAACUAGACUCCUCAGCGUCCCUCUCCGGGCUGCCCCACAUUCCCCAGUCUGGAUCAUCCAAGCAUACAUGUGGUGCUUAACAAUUGUUUGUUGAAUGAUGCGUGAGCACAGCCCACUAUGAGGGUGGCCACGGACCACAAUGCAGACAACACAUCAGCUGUGCUGCGGGAAUGGCUGGUGGCGGUGAAGAGUUUGUACCAUUAUGUGGAGUGGCGGCCGGCGGAGGAUCCCAGGUCCUACCCAGACGAAGAGGGCCCCAAACACUGGUCCGACUCUCGCUAUGAGCACGUCAUGAAGUUGCGCCAAGCUGCCCUGAAAUCAGCUCGGGACAUGUGGGCUGAUUACAUCUUGUUUGUGGACGCAGACAACCUGCUCAUCAACCCCGACACCCUGAGCCUGCUCAUCGCCGAGAACAAGACCGUGGUGGCUCCUAUGCUGGAUUCCCGGGCCGCGUACUCCAACUUCUGGUGUGGAAUGACUUCCCAGGGCUACUACAAGCGCACGCCCGCCUACAUCCCCAUCCGCAAGCGCGACCGCAGGGGCUGCUUCGCGGUUCCCAUGGUGCACUCGACCUUCCUGAUCGACCUGCGGAAGGCGGCCUCCCGGAACCUGGCCUUCUACCCUCCCCACCCCGACUACACCUGGUCCUUCGAUGACAUCAUCGUCUUCGCCUUCUCCUGCAAGCAGGCAGAGGUGCAGAUGUACGUGUGCAACAAGGAGGUGUAUGGCUUCCUGCCCGUGCCGCUGCGCGCGCACAGCACCCUCCAGGACGAGGCCGAGAGCUUCCUGCACGUGCAGCUGGAGGUCAUGGGUGAGUCUGCGCCUGCCGCCCCGGGGCUGUUACCUCCCUGUCUCUGCCACUUUGCAUCCAUGCCGGCAUUGGCUCAGGGCUUCCUCCACUGCCAGGACCCACCCAUGCGCAAAGCCCUUUGCAUAGACCCUCUGCACCCGCUGCCUGUGAUGCUCACCACCUCCAGAGGAUUCACAGCCCCUGGUACAGUGCGCGUGGUCCGUACGCGGGUGCUGUCUUGUUUAGGGAUUAACAGCCGGGUGCUGGCUCGGUGGCCGAUGGCGGCCUGGCAGUGGGCGGUGUUCCUGCCAAUGUCCCCGCCGACGUCCUGCUCUGUGUCCAGGGCCAUGAACAGCAGCCAGGUGGAGGCGCUGGGCAUCCAGAUGCUGCCUGGCUACCGGGACCCCUACCACGGGCGGCCCCUCACCAAGGGCGAGCUGGGCUGCUUCCUCAGCCACUACAACAUCUGGAAGGAGGUCGUGGACCGAGGGCUGCAGAAAUCGCUGGUGUUUGAGGAUGACCUGCGUUUUGAGAUCUUCUUCAAGAGGCGCCUGAUGAAUCUCAUGCGGGACGUGGAGCGAGAGGCCCUGGACUGGGACCUCAUCUACGUGGGCCGGAAGCGGAUGCAGGUGGAGCACCCCGAGAAGGCCGUGCCCCGCGUGAGGAACCUGGUGGAGGCCGACUACUCCUACUGGACACUGGCCUAUGUCAUCUCCCUGCAAGGGGCCCGCAAGCUGCUGGCCGCCAGGCCGCUGGCCAAGAUGCUGCCGGUGGACGAGUUCCUGCCGGUCAUGUUUGACAAGCACCCGGUGUCCGAGUACAAAGCCCACUUCUCGCCCCGCGACCUGCGCGCCUUCUCCGUGGAGCCGCUGCUCGUCUACCCCACUCACUACACGGGGGACGACGGCUACGUGAGCGACACGGAGACCUCAGUGGUGUGGAACAACGAGCACGUCAAGACCGACUGGGACCGAGCCAAGUCCCAGAAGAUGCGGGAGCAGCAGGCGCUGAGCCGCGAGGCCAAGAACUCGGACGUGCUUCAGUCCCCGCUGGACAGCACCGCGCGGGACGAGCUGUGAGGGCUGCGGGAGCCGCGCAGCGCCACCCUCUCUGUGCUGCAGGGCACCACGGGGUCACCUGGGGCCCCAUGGACCACAGAGCUCACCACGGGGUGGCAUCCAGCCAGCUCUUGCUCUGCGGUCCUUGCCACAGGCAGCAUUAAUGGAGUGCCUACUGUAUGCCAGGAACAGGGCUGGGCACAGGGGAAUUGGAUGGGAAUAAGACUGGGUCAUCUAUCAUGUGCCCAACACUUAUUAAGCACCUGCUGUGUACCAGGUUUCUGUGUUAUGGCCAUGAAGGAGGCAUAAUGAUUCCUCUGAUCAGAGAUUGAAUCGAUCAUCAAGCAUUUAUUGAUCAGAUUAAGAAUCAGGUAUUAGUGAUAUGUAUUCACCUUUGAAAUUCAUUCAAAGUAUUUAUUGAGUGCCUACUGUGUGGUGGGCACCAUUCUGGGCUCUGGGAAUACUGAGAUAAAUAAGACAUUCAUUUAUUCAGACACAUGCCAAGCAUCUAUCACAUGCCUGGUAUUUGAGACACAAAGGUAAGUUCUUGAUUCAGGGCAUUUAUUGAGCACCCACUGUGUUGGGACUUCAGCCUGGUGCAUGUAAAUGUGGUGCUUCUCUAAUUGGUUUCUUCCCUUCACCUUGGGCACCUGCUGUGCACAAAGCACUAAUGACACCACACAGUGUGACAGCUGUUCAGUCAGCAUUUGUCACCACCCACCGUGUGCCAGGCCACACAGCAGUCCUAGGACACAGAGGUGUGUGAGAUAGGUCCCUUCAUUUCCUCCAGGGGUUGCUUCAGGGCUGGGAUCUCACUGUGUAUCUGUCCUUCAUUUCCUCAUGCAGCAAGCAUUUAUUGAGCACCUACUGUGUGCCAGGCCUCUGUGGACUCCCAGCUGGAUUGCAGCAUGCUUGGUUCCCCCACUGUCCAGGAGGGAGGUAGCUCUUCCCCCACCAGCUGUAACCUCUGGGUCCCAGUGGCCACAUGGCUACUUUUGAGCCCCCCUGGAGGGGGCUCAGGAGGCAGAUGGGGGCUGGGCCUCCCUCCUGCCCAGCCCUCCUGUCUGUGCGCUUGGCGCCUGCCGUGGAGUCUCCUCUGCCUGCUCCCUCAGCUGCCUGUCUGCACGCCUCCGUGGGAGGAGCGUGUGUUCGGGGCCUGGUGGGCGCAGCUCAUAGGGUGCUGCCCUUGGCCUGGGCUGUGUUCCCAGCAGGACCGCGGGGUUGCUGUGCCUUCCCUCCAAGUCCACCCUCAGGGCUGGAGCGUGGCCUCGUCCUCCGGGGCAGCCCUGCUCGCGGGUGGGUCUCGGGUAAUUUGCUUAUUUUUGUAUUAAAUGGUCCUGGUUGGUUUCCACCGAA